AUGGCCUCUCUUAUAAACCCAUAUGCCAAAGUGCAUGAACCUGAUCAAGAUAUUAAUCUCAUCGCAUCGGCAAAUCGAGCCAAGAAGAGAAGGAGAAAUAUCGUCAUCUUCACCUUUUCUGCAAUAAUCCUCGCAUGCGUUGUUGUCGCAGCUUUGGCGGGAGUCGUCGUUUCUCGUGCAAAAAACGAGACCUCCCGUCAACAAAACGAGUCUCUAAUUAUAUCAUCCAAAAUUAAAGCGAUAUGCAAUUCCACUCUCUACCCUUCGUCGUGCUACACAAGCCUAGCCCCACUCGCCAUUAAUUCGGGCCAUUUUAAUCCUCGUGAAAUCUUCCGUUUAUCCAUCCAAGUCGCCAUAGACGAGCUUCUCGACGUGUCCGGUAAAUUCAACAGCAGCAACAAUAAUAUGUAUAACGAUAACGCCACCAUGGCAGCUGUCGAGAGCUGCCUGCAACUUUUAUCUCUCUCAAUUGACCAUCUCAACUCUUCUCUAACCGUCAAUUUUGACCUAACUGAUUUGGUCAACGCUUUCGACGAUCUCCGAACGUGGCUAAGCAUGGCCGGAACGUAUCAGCAAACAUGCAUAGACGGCUUCGAAAACACUCCUUUCAUCGGCACCGUCGUACAAGCACUACAAAAUUCGACAGAGUUCACAAGCAACAGCCUCGCGAUCAUAACAUCGAUCGAGGGACACUCGGUUUCCUCUUUCGGACGGCGUCUGAUGAGCACCGGGUCGUCGCAGAGGAGGGAGGUGCUCGAUAAGUCGAUCGUACCAAAUGCGGUGGUGGCGCAGGACGGAUCGGGAAAGUACAGCACGAUCAAUGCGGCGAUGAAAGAUGUACCGAAUAAGAGCAAAACGAGGUACGUGAUAUAUGUGAAGAAGGGGACUUAUGUGGAGAAUGUGAUAGUGAGUGCUACUAAAUGGAAUGUGAUGAUGGUUGGUGAUGGUAUGGAUGCUACAUUGGUUUCCGGCAGCCUCAACUUUGUCGAUGGUACCCCUACUUUUAACACUGCAACAUUUGCUGCAUUAGGACGCGGAUUCAUCGCAAGGGACAUGGGAUUCCUCAACACGGCGGGCGCACCGAAGCAACAAGCGGUGGCACUCUUAUCGGCAUCGGACAAUUCCCUCUUCCACCGCUGCCGAAUCGACGCCUUCCAGGACAGCCUCUACGCUCACUCCAACCGCCAAUUCUACCGCGAGUGCAACAUCUACGGCACCGUCGACUUCAUAUUCGGAAACUCGGCCGUCGUCCUACAAAACUGCCAGAUAAUGCCACGUAGGCCAAUACGAGGUCAGCAGAACACGAUCACCGCUCAGGGGAAAAACGACCCGAACCAAAACACCGGCAUUUCAAUUCAGAACUGCACUAUCUCGCCGUUCGAAAGUCUUAGUGGGGUGAGCAGUUAUUUGGGUAGGCCCUGGAAAAAUUAUUCGACCACCAUUUACAUGCAAAGUGCGAUUUCGGAGUUCAUUGAUCCUAAAGGGUGGCUGUCUUGGACGGGGUCUAGCGGUGCACCGGACACUAUUUUUUACGCCGAGUACCAAAAUACGGGGCCGGGGUCGGUGACAGAUGGAAGAGUUAACUGGAAAGGGCUUCAAUUGAAUUUUACUAGUAAACAAGCUGGAAAAUUUACCGUCCACUCGUUUAUUAAUGGAGAUAAAUGGAUAGCAGCAGCCAAUGUGACAUUUAAAUCGACCCUCUAA